ACUAGAUGGCGCGCUCGAUCCGUCAACAGCACGGCAUUCGCCGCAGAAGAAGACAUAAUGCAUGAGCAAUACAUCUGGAGUGACAGUAAUAAUAGCUGUUAUUGAAUCUGAUGUGAGUUUGUAGGGUGUCUUGCAGCCGUUUUCAUGAGAGGCCACUGAGGAGAGCAGUAUGUCGGUGCAUUUUGAGGAGAGGAGCGGCGUGAUCCCGUGUCAAACAGCGUGGGGCUCGUGGUACCAGACUAUGGAAGAGGUUUUCAUCGAAGUCAAUGUUCCUCCCGGAACUUCAGCCAAAGAGAUCAAGUGCAGCAUCCGGAGCAAACACAUCGAGCUGCGCGUGAAAGACCAGCAGAUCUUCAAGGGGAAGCUGUUUGGACCCACAGUCGGCGAUGAAGCGACGUGGACGUUAGAGGACAGAAAGUUGAUCCGGAUCGUCCUGAUGAAGUCGAACCGGGAGGCUGGGAACUGCUGGCGGUCUCUGCUGGAGGGCGAGUACGCGGCGGAUGCGUGGGUUCAGGAUCAGAUGCAGAGGAAGCUGACGCUCGAGAGGUUUCAGAGAGAGAACCCUGGAUUUGACUUCAGCGGAGCAGAGAUCUCUGGGAACUUUCACGGCGGCGGACCAGAUUUCUCCAGCUUGCAAAAAUAAGAGGACUACUUUCAUUCCUGUACUUGAUGUAGUCUUACUAAAUGGCACCAGUUUUUUUUAUUUGUUCCUGGAGAAUAUAAUCUGUGUUCCUUCCUCUGGAGACACACAUAGGAAGCACAUCACAGCGAGUCUGGCUGCUGCUAUAAAGCCAUAAUAUAUAUCACAAGCAGCCUUUGUGUCCGUCGAGUCUUUAAGGUGGUUUUAAUUUACAAAUACCACGUUUUUUUGUAAUCGCCACCACAGUGGUUUUGCUCAGCUUAUCCUCCGAAUUUCAAAUAAUCAUACAAUUCAAGGAUUUGGAUUAAAUGCCUCAAACAUUACAAACGAGCACGAGUGUUUUACAUCUCAAUAUGUUUUUAUUGAAAGGUUCAACUACAUCAUUUUGAAGCACGCUGCUCUCAACUUCUAUAUCGCAACCAAAACAGAGAGAGUCUCAAAUUAAAUUCAAUCCGCUUUAUUUGUACCACUCGUUGUUUGUGUUAGAGUUAAGUAUGAAACAAAUGGUCACGGUUACAUAAGACUGUAGUAAUAACCAAAUGUAAAAUGAGCGUCAGGGCUGGUCACUUAGUAAGUAGUUAGGCAUAUUAAAGCCUGCGUUUCCAUAGCCAUCCAGAUCUCUUAAGCAGAACGGCAUAAUAAAAUAAAAUAAAAACAAAAACAUCUCGUUUCAUCGCCUUGGGUAGGAGUGUGCAUUACGACAGCUGACAGCCUAGGGUGGGAGUGAAGGGUUUUGGGCCUGAUCUCUUGGUUCUGUUGUGGUCUUGAAUCUCAAAACCCUUCUCCCUCCUCUUCCACACGGUGGACUGAGGACCUAGGCGGUUCUAUACUUCAUUGCUU